AUGAUUAGGAUAUAAAAAUGUAUUGGAGAUGAAGAGAUUGAGUUAGAGAAAGAUAUAAAUCUCUGGUUCGAAAGAAUGUGCACAGAAAUAAGCGCAAAAUAAUAAGAAACUAGAUCAAGAACUGAUAAAUAUAAUGUUGAAAUAAAAUCUAAAACGAAAAAUCAUAAAAUUUGUUUUAGAGAUGAAAUUAAUCCAGAAGCAGGAUUAGAAGAUGUAAAUCUAGUCGAAAAUUGGAAAGAAUUUAAUAUUAAAUAAAGAGAUCAAAUAGAUGAUUGUUUUUGCUAAAUUUCAUGA